AUGGUGGGGUUGGUCAGCCUCGAUUUGGCCUACACUUGGCUCAUCGGCACUAUCCCAGCUUCCAUGGCUCGCCUGUGCAACCUGACCUACCUGUCCCUAAACCACAACGGGCUCACCGGGGCCAUACCAUCUGGAAUCGGUGGGCUUCCCUUGAUUCACAACCUCGACCUCAACUACGAUCGGCUCAGGGGGCAGGUGCCAUUCCGGAAGGAGGUGGUGGAGCGGUUGGGCCCCAAGCUCAAGCUCACCGGAAACAACGGCCUGUGUCUCGGCUCAGAGAUUGUCGGCACCGGCUUGGUCAGGUUGGACGUCAAUGGCUGCAUCUCUGACAACGUCGCCCAGUCGUUGGCCCGUGAUGGCUCAGUGCAGCAGGUGGGGGAAGGAAGAAAAAAUGGCGUGAAGAUGAUGGUGAAGCUAGAGAUGGCGAUCAUCCUCCACCACAUGGUGCUCAACUUCCAAUGGGAGCCCUUCGAGCAGGAUCACCCCAUCGCCUUCCCCUUCGUCGAAUUCCCCGAAGGCCUCCCCAUUAAAGUUCACAAGCUUUCUGCCACCACAGUUGAUUGGAAUCCAUGA